CUCAUCUGAUCACGUGGAAGUUUUUGCUCCCACCCCAGCUUCUCCCUGCAUCUGCCUAAAUAUUCGCCGGCCGAACGUUUUUAUCAGAUCCGGGUUGAGCCUUACAGGUUUGCAAGUAGGCUUGAUAAGCCUUGCAGAUCACGCGUUGUUCUGUUUACAGGUUGAGUACGGAAGGGCCAAAAAUACGAAACGACUCGAAUCAGUUUAGAGAACUCGCUGCCAUGGAACGGCUACCAGACGAGAUCCUGCUCUGGAUUUUCGAAUUGCUUGAUGCCCCAGCGUUCCUCCAGGCUUCACAUACCUGCUCUCGAUGGCUGAAGUUGCUUCGUCGUGAUGCUGUUUUAGCCAAGCAUAUCCGCGAGCGUAUAUGUGAAAAUCCCGCCGAAUUGGAGUAUCUGGAGAUCGUUCCUCAUUCGUGUGGUCGUGAGCAUAAAAAGUCAGCGUCAUGGCCUAAACGCAAGAACAACGAAAGCUGGCUGGAAUAUCUCUACCUCUUCUUUCUUCGUCAGAAAUCGAUUGGCUUGGUGCUACGUCCGGCCUAUAAUUUAUGGCUAGGAGAAGGUCUUUUUGACCCUAUGUAUUACGAGUGCUCUACUCGUUCAGAUGAUGGUACGCUGUUUAUUGUCGUUCAGCGCAAUAAACUCACAAGUCCGGUUCCGCUACGCACAGUCCAUAUAUACAAUCUUCAUUGUGUGAUGUAUGAUCGUUACACUCCCCCCCGUCCCGGAACCCGGCGCGGGAACUUCGAACUAGAGGAUAUGCAUGGACCUUAUUUAUGGCAGACACUGGUUUUGACCGAAAGCUCUGAUAAGAAGGCUCAAUCUGUUGUCGUGGCUCGGGACGGAAAAUCUAUAGCGAUCGAUUUCCAACACGGGUAUGUCGAGGUGUAUACGUUGGAGAAUUUGCGAGAGAAUGAGUCCCAUUCGCAAGAAACAUGGGGCAGAUCUUCGAUGUAUGGUCCCAGGAUGAACCUUAUGCUCAAACGUAUUUAUCAUCAGCAAUUUCCCUCAACAGUUCAUUCUAUCGCCUUAACUUCAAAUGCCGAGGUGCUGGUCUUGGGUUUCAACAGAUUAGGCGGACUGACUAUCGUUAAUUUGAAAACCGGUGAAACUUUGGAUCUGCCACAUUACAGACUUGAUUUGGGAAUCAACCUACAGCUCGGCGAUCAAGCUCUGAUGCUGACCGGCUUCAACGAAACGAUGGUUAUGCGGAGCUUCGAUCCCAAGGAUUGGGAGCAGAAAACUAGCAUUUGGGAUUACUAUGCAAGACUAAUUGAGAGUACCGAGUUGCGGUAUGUAGAGAUGGAAGGCGUGCGAGGGCUGAACUUGAGAGGGUGGUUUAUCGGUAUCAAGCCUGCUUCUACCGAAGAUCCACCACAACCAUCAUCGCCAUCAUCACCAACAUCAUCACACUCAUCCGAAUCACCACCAAGUCCUCCACCGGGACCUUCGGAAAGUCAUGAAAACCAUUUGCGUUUAGUGUGCCUCAACGAUGACGUCGAUGAUGAUGCUUCAGGUGAAGAUACCGAAGCGCAAGAAAGAGAACUUGAGAAUCGUCUAUUGGACGAUGACCGCGAUGAAUCGUCAGACCUGAAGGCAUCGUUACUGAUAACGCCUGAAGGUAGUGGCUAUGUUUUGAAUGACGAGACAUCCCGACUGAUAGUCCGAAGGGAUGGAGAUUUCGAUCUGUUCUCAUUGUCGGAAAAGCAUUGUCUGCGCUAUACAGAGAAUUACCGGGAAAGCAAAACAUACAAUGAAACACUAGACUCUUUCACCAGGUGCAUGAAUUUAUUGUACGGUCACCAAUUGCAGAACAGUCAUGUGGCAGGAAUGGUCUCGCGCCGAUUCGAGGCACCUGCCUUGUUUCACAAUGGCAGACCUGCCGAAAGAAUCUGGUUCUGCUUGUUGUCUAAGCUGGUGGUACGUCAUCGCAACUUGCUUGUUGUUUACGAGUUCGGCCCUGUGAGCGAACGACUGGACCGAAGGGCAGAAAGAUGGAAACUGGCAGAGUCCCAUUACGAAAAGAUCAAAAUAAGUCAUGCACCGGACUUCUAUAUAAAAUGGGAUUUUAGGGUAACUUGCGGCUGGCCGCCUGGUACAAGUUUGGAAGAGGCGGAGAAAUGGAGGCGACGCGGGUAUGACAUGGUAUAUCCAUGAGCUCUCGUAAGGCAUGUCAUAUAUACGGAAAACAAUCCUACAUUUAUUUACAA